AUGCGUUCUGCUGUCAUCCUUGCCGCCUUGGCGGUCGGCACUUUUGCCAAGGUCAUUGAGAAGGAAGUUUACGUGACCGACUGGACUACCGUCAUCGUCACCACAACUGUCACUCAAUGGCCCACCAAUGCUGCCAGCACUGCCAACACUGCUGUUGUGGUCAAUCAGGACCACACCAAGCCCGCCGAGGCUGCCCAUCCCACCGUCGACGUUUCCAAGAAGGCCGCUAAGGUCGAUUCCGCCCCUGCCGCCGCUUCUACCACUGCUGCCGCUGAGGUUGAGGAGGCUGCUCCCAGCAGCACCACCUCGUCUUCCACUACCUCUUCGACUACUCAGGCCGAACUCAAGGCCGUGACCACCUCGGCUACCUCCUCGGCUACCACUGCCGCCGCCGCCUCCGCCACUGCCGCUCCCGGUGCUGGCAGCUCCUAUCAGGAGUCUGUCCUAUACUACCACAACAUUCACCGCAGCGACCACUCGGUCCCCGCUUUGACCUGGUCCACCGACCUCGAGGAGGCUGCCAACACUGUUGCCUCAAGCUGCUCGUACGGACACGACACUUCCGUCGAGUCCGCCAGUGGCGCCUACGGCCAGAACAUCGCGUACGGUUACGAUAAGGCCGACGUCGGCAAGAAGAUCAUCAGCGACAUGAUGUACACCAACGAGGCACCCGAGUUCGCCGGCCUCUACGGUCAGUCUAGCCCUGAUAUGACCAACUUCGCCGCCUGGGGCCACUUCUCUCAGAUCGUCUGGAAGAGCACCACUCAAGUCGGUUGUGCCACCGUCAGCUGCGAUGAUCUGGAGAACGUUGGUGGUGCCGCGCCCUACACUGUCUGCAACUACGGCUCCCCCGGUAACGUCGCCGGCGCCUAUGCCGAGAACGUCCUGAAGCCCAAGAGCGCAUAA